AUGCGAUCAAGAUGUCGACAUCAUCUCGUGCAGACGCUCGAGCGCACACAACAAACAUCGCUUCUACGGAUCCGCGUGCCCCCUAAAUGGUCGUGUGCGCAGAGAUGCUAUGCCACUGUAGAAGACGGACGACGACAACACCCGGGAAGGGACCUCUCGAUAGCUUCCGAAGCACGAUACAAUGAGAUUGGCGUGCAACAUGUCUCCACCCAUGUUCACAAACAGCUCUUCCCACCACGACAAGACGGCAAGGAGGCGACGAAACCAGACGAGGAACUGAUUGAGCUGUCGCGAAAGCACUUGGCGCAUCAUGACCUGCUGGGCAAGACGAGCGACCAGCCCGAGGCCAUCGGCUUUGAUCUACCAGACUUGCAAGGGGCGUCACUGGACGAGCAUUUCCAUCGCUUGGGCAUGGACAGUGCGGAAGAGUACUUGAAAUUAUCAAAACAGUACGCCAGAGCAUCGCCACCACCGAAGCCGAGGAAAUGGGUCAGGAGGAGUGGCUGGACGAAAUACUAUCCAGAUGGAGAGACUGAAGCCGUCGAUGCGCCAGAAGCAGACGUGCUGACAUUCGAUACGGAAGUGAUGUGGCGUGAGACACAAUUCCCAGCUAUGGCAUGCGCAGCUUCGGCUGACCACUGGUACGCAUGGCUAUCUCCUUGGCUGUUGGGCGAGACGGACAACGACAGGCACCUGAUACCUCUGGGUGAUCCGACAAAGCCUCGAAUUGUGGUUGGACAUAAUGUUGGUUACGACCGAGCACGAAUUUCUGAGGAGUACGAUCUCAAGCAGACGAAGAAUUUCUUCAUCGAUACUAUGUCGCUUCACGUUGCUGUGAAUGGUAUGUGCAGUCGACAGCGACCCAAUUGGACGAAAGCACGAAAGGCGCGAGAGAUGCAAGACAAGUAUUCCAAGGAUGAGGAGUACGAUGGCUUAGGUUCGCUGAUGGAGUCCUCGAAUGCCAUGGAAGACGAAGAAGACUUAUGGAUUGGACGAUCUUCAGCAAAUAGUCUUCGAGAUGUGGCGAAGUUUCACUGCAACAUCACGAUCGACAAGACGCAAAGAGAAUGGUUCGGCGAGCUGGACAGGGAAGGCGUGAGAGAGCGCUUGGACGAACUCAUGGAUUACUGCGCAGCUGAUGUCGACGUGACGCACAAAGUCUAUAAGCGUGUCUUUCCCAACUUCCUCGAGACGUGUCCGCAUCCUGUGUCUUUCGCCGCGCUACGACAUCUGUCGACUGAGAUCUUACCAGUCGAUAAGGGCUGGGAGGCGUACAUCAAGAACGCCGAGGACACGUAUAAACGACUUUCAUCCGCGAUCGAGGAGCGUCUGAGGGAUCUGGCUGAGAAGGUGCUCGAGCAUAAAGACGAGCCGAACGUCUAUGAGAAUGACCCGUGGCUGUGCCAGCUGGAGUGGACUGGCCAAGAAGUGCGCAUGGUUAAGGGUAAGAAGAAAAACGAUCCGCCUCGACCAGCUGCUAGGCAGAAGAAACCUGGCAUGCCGAAAUGGUACAAAGAUCUUUUCGCGAAGAAUGAGUCGCCUAUGGCGCUGACUGUUCGCACUCGUAUCGCGCCGAUUCUGCUUCGACUAGCAUGGGAUGGCCAUCCGCUAGUCUGGUCAAACAAGCACGGCUGGACCUUCAAGGUCAAGCAUAGUGAGGCCGGGAAGUACUCACAGGGUAUGGUCAGUGCAGACAUGAGUGAAGAAGACAACUCACAAUUGCAAAAUGACAUGAGCCAUGCAUACUUUAAGCUUCCGCAUUCUGGUGGACCUGAAGCAAGAUGUGCCAGUCCUAUCGCAAAGGGGUAUCUUCAAUUCAUGGAGAAUCGCACUUUGUCUUCCGAGUACGCGUAUGCAAAGGAAGCACUCGAGAUGAACACGUCUUGUUCAUACUGGAUCAGUGCUCGUGACCGGAUCACAAAACAAAUGGUGGUCUAUGAGAGCGAGCUGGCUGGCACGACGACAUCAGAAGGCAAUGAGCAGGGGUUCAUCCUGCCUCAGAUCGUGCCUAUGGGUACCGUCACUCGUCGUGCUGUGGAAAAUACAUGGCUUACAGCCUCUAAUGCAAAAAAGAACCGAGUAGGCUCCGAGCUGAAGAGUAUCGUCACUGCGCCUCCAGGAUAUUGCUUCGUAGGUGCCGAUGUGGAUAGUCAAGAACUCUGGAUCGCGUCCUUGGUUGGCGACGCAGCUUUCAAGCUUCACGGUGGCAACGCGCUCGGCUUCAUGACUUUGGAGGGCACGAAAGCUGCUGGUACUGACCUGCAUUCGCGCACCGCUCAGAUAUUGGGUAUCUCACGAAACGAUGCCAAGGUCUUCAACUACGGUCGCAUCUAUGGUGCUGGCCUCAACUUCGCUCAAACUCUACUCAGACGUUUCAACCCCAGUUUGUCCCAGGCCCAAGCAGAUACGAUCGGCAGGAAGUUGUAUGCUGAGACCAAAGGCACGAAGGGUGGUCGCAAGGCUAUCAAGGACAAGACUUUCUGGUUCGGUGGCACCGAGAGCCUGGUCUUCAAUGCUCUCGAAGACUUUGCGAGCCAAGAAAAGCCCAGGACGCCUGUGCUCGGAGCUGGAAUCACGGAAGCGCUUAUGAAACGCUUCCUGGGUUCUGGCAAGGGCAGUAACAACUUUCUCACCAGUCGUAUCAAUUGGGCUAUCCAGAGCUCAGGCGUGGACUACCUUCACCUCCUGAUCGUGAGCAUGGAGUACCUCUGCCGCCGAUAUGACAUCCACGCCCGCCUCGCUUUGACAGUGCACGACGAGAUCCGUUAUCUGGCCAAGACCGAGGACAAGUACCGCUGUGCCAUGGCGCUGCAGGUGGCGAACGUGUGGACGAGAGGGAUGUUCAGUCAGCAAAUGGGCAUGGAUGAUCUCCCGCAGAGCUGCGCUUAUUUCAGCGCGGUGGAUAUCGAUCAUGUGCUUAGGAAGGAGGUGGAUAUGGAUUGUGUUACUCCUUCGCAUCCGGAUGCGAUUCCCGCGGGAGAGAGCCUGGACAUUACGCAAUUGCUGGCGAAGGGCGAGGAAGCUUUCCUCGAUUCCAAAGUCGCCAUAUCGCAGACUAAGGACUUCGGGUAUAAAAGUCGUAAGCCUGUUAUGGAGAGUCUAAAUACAGAUACGGCGAACCCGAGGGCGUACUUGCGGGCACAACUUGCUAAGGAUAGGACGGAGUUGCAAGCCAUCGCCAAGGAUCUCGGACCCAGUGUACCCAAGAAUCCAAGGAUGUUGAAGGAUAACCCACAUCCCGAUCGCUCGGACAGUGAUGGAGGGUCGCUACAGAAGGCUCCCAAACCACGAAGAGUCACAAAGCCGAAGGAAAAAGCAGGAACAGUUGUCAACACUUUUCCGGAGGCAGCCGCGAGGAUGAAAGCCGACCCCAAGCCAGCUCAGUACCGCUCACAGCUCCAGUACUCUGAUGUCGCGUUCGACAACGGUGACUGGGUCAACCACUUCAAUGUACCACCGGUGGUAGACGGAAAGCAGACUUGGAACAACACGAGUUUCGUUGGCAUGCAGCCGCAGAGAGACCGCUGGACGGGAAGGGCUGCUUAUGCUAGGCAUUGA